AUGGCUUUCCCCCGUGACGGUACGGGGGGAAAAAUCUGGAUCCAAGCCGCCUGGUUGCGAGGCGUCGAGUGGGAUGACCCGUUACCCGAGGAUGACGCCCAUCAAUGGAGAGGCUGGCAGUCGGAGCUCCCACACCUAGGAAACAUCCGGAUUCCUCGCUGGUUAAAGUCUGAGCCGACUGACAGUAAUCCGGAAAUUCAUGGCUUUGCCGACGCCUCGGAGAAGGCUUUCGCCGCAGUAGUAUACCUGCUAACACGAGACAAAGACAAUCAAGUCCAGGUAUCUCUUCUCUCAGCUAAAACUAAAGUCGCUCCUCUUAAGCAGGUUAGCUUACCUCGGUUGGAGUUGUGCGCCGCUACCUUGCUGACACGGCUCGUCGUGCACAUCCGACUUGCUCUGGACGCCUUGGCCACUCCGACACAUUUGUGGACCGACUCAACCGUCGUCUUAGGAUGGAUCCGAGACCACCCAGCAUCCUGGAAGACCUACGUGGCUAACAGGGUCAGCGAGAUUCAGACCACGUUACCCGACGUCGCAUGGCAUCACACUCCUGGAGUAGACAACCCAGCCGACUGUGCUUCCCGAGGCCUGUCUCCCUCGGAGCUGAAAGGCCAUCCACUCUGGUGGAACGGCCCACGCUGGUUGCAAGGAGAUCCGGAACAAUGGCCGCUCGGCCCUCUCAGCACCCACGACGUCGACCUGCCUGAGCGGCGUCUCGGCGUACACCAAACUACUGCAGCCGAUGAUUCGAUCGAUGAACCGGAGCUUCUAACGCAAUACUCCGAGCUACACCACCUAUUGAGGAUCACCGCCUGGUGCCGCCGUUGGUUACGCCUUAGGAAGACCAAGGGCAUUGAGCCGGGAGGCAGUAGCAACCUCCCAGCGCCCGUACUGCUACCUUCCGAACUGGAUGAGGCGUUGGCUGGCUGGAUUCGGGUGGUCCAAGCGAUCAACUUUAAGAAGGAGUUAAAGUUCGUGCACAAAGCCGCUCCACUUCCGAAAAAAAGCACGCUAGCCAAGCUAGGACCUUUUCUAGACAGCAAGGGUAUUCUUCGCGUCGGCGGGCGGCUGAGCAAUGCUGCGAUGACACGCGAGGCGAAGCAUCCGACCUUACUUCCAAGCGCCUCCCACCUAACGCAGCUGCUGAUCAAGGCCACCCACCUGCGGACACUGCAUGGAGGAGUGCAGCUUACCCUGGCCGCACUGCGCCAGGAGUACUGGGUGUUACGCGGGAGAGCUUUAGUGAAGAGCUUUAUUCAUCGCUGUCUGCCGUGCGUGCGAUGGCGGGCGGCUACCCCUCAACCACCAAUGGGUAACUUGCCUGCCGCCAGAGUCAUACCCUCACGGCCGUUUCUGCACACUGGCGUCGACUACGCUGGACCUGUUUGGUUACGCACCUCCAAGAGCCGAGGUCAUCGUGCAUAUAAGUCAUUCCUCGUAAUUUUUGUCUGUCUUAGCUGCCGCGCAGUCCACCUUGAUGUCGCUUCUGACUACACCUCCAAUGCCUUCUUGGCCGCUCUACGUCGGUUCAUCAGUCGUCGCGGCCUAUGUAAAGUCCUCUACAGUGACCGCGGGACUAACUUUGUAGGCGCCGAUAACGAGCUCCGAGCGCUUUUUUUCGCCAGCAGCAAGGAAGGACGGCACAUCCGCACUCACCUAGCAGAUGAGAGAAUCGAGUGGUGCUUCAAUCCGCCAGCGGCUCCUCACUUCGGCGGUCUCUGGGAAGCAGCUGUAAAAUCGGUGAAACAUCACCUUCGCCGUGUGAUCGGAGACGUCAAAUUAACUUACGAGGAAAUGGCCACACUUCUAGCGCAGAUUGAAUCCUGCCUAAACUCUCGCCCACUUCAAGCCAUGUCGGACGACCCAGAAGACCUAGAGGCGCUGACCCCUGGCCAUUUCCUCGUAGGCACUGCGCUCAACGCCAUCCCGACUUUAUCACUUACUGAAGAGCCUAAGUCACUACUCACCAGGUGGAAGCUGCUUGAUCAAAUGCGAGACAGCUUCUGGAAUCGAUGGUCGCAAGAAUAUCUCCACUCUCUAACACAUCGACCGAAGUGGUUCAAGGCCGACGAGGAAGUCCGCAUCGGCCGCCUUUGUCUGCUCCGUAGCGAAAUAUCACCUCCUAACAAAUGGCCCCUGGCCAGAAUCGAGAGCGUCUACCCUGGAGGAGACGGACACACGCGAGUCGUCCGCGUUCGCACUUCCGCCGGCAACUUUACGCGACCUGUAACCAAAUUAGUGCUCCUCCCCGUCAGCUCCUGCGCCAGAGAAGACGGCGAGUCGUAA